AACAACUUGAGAUCUACUAGUGGGUGAUCCUAUAUUAUUACGAGUGUCAUAAUUAGUUGAAAUUUAAAACAUGUCUGUUCGUUUUGUAUUAUGUUUGGCGGUUGUGGCUGUUGCUUUAAGCGGUGUUGUAACUUUAACCCCAGAAGAAGAGUCAUCAAUCCGGGGUCACCUUCGGGAGUUUGUGAACGAGUGCAGCAAGGAGUAUGGCAUCUCCGAAGAACAAUUGAAGACGGCAAAGGAGAAUAAGAAUGUGGACGGCAUUGAGCCCUGUGCUAUCGGCUGUGUCUACAAGAAGGCUAAGUUUAUCAACGACCAAGGUCUAUAUGACGUUGACAAGGCAAAGGAAAUUAGUGCAAAAUACGUGAACAGCGAGGAUGACAGGAAGAAAUUCGCAGAGAUAGCUGAUGAUUGUUCCGCAGUGAACGACGAGUCUGUAUCGGACGGAGAUAAGGGCUGUGAAAGGGCUAAGCUCCUGUUGUCUUGCAUGUUUAAGCAUAAGGACGCGAUUCAAGUCUAAGUUUUUUGAUAUCGAGUAACCCAAUUAGGCUAUGGAGACGAUUCGGCAAAUGUUAUAAUUCAAGAUGCUGUGAUGUUAGUUAAACUAAAUUUAAUGAAAAUCAACUCACUCAAUCUAAUAUGUCAAUAAUGGAUGUCCAUUUUCUUAUUCAA